UGUAUGCAAAAAGAAUGUCACUGUGCUGGAGCAUAUAUGACAAAUAAAACACAAUUGAACCAUUGGAUGGCAGCAGAUCCUCUUGUGGGAAAGACCGGGGGGGGGGGGGGGGGGGGGGGUGUUCCGGGUCGCUUGGUGGCGCUGCAGGGAGCGAGUGCUCUGGGUCGCUAGGUGGCGCUGCAGGGAGCGAGUGCUCCGGUCCGCUAGGUGGCGCUGCCGGGGGAGUGCUCCGGUCCGCUCGGUGGCGCUGCAGUGGGAGUCCGCGGACGGGUCGGGACUGCCGCCGCCCUUGGCCCCGCUCGGUGGCUCGUUGUCUAACAGCUGCCCGUCGCCCAUGGUCACCGGAGAGCGUCGCCGCCGCCGCCGGCGUCCGGGCGGCCGGGAGAACAGCGGCAAGUUACCCACAUAAUCCGCCACCUCCCCCUUCCCUUCGGCCAGCUGUCCUUACCGGAGCGGGGUCCGCUGGGGCGAUGCAGGCCGAGGCCGGGGCCGAUCCACGGGGGCCGCCGUUGCCGCAGAUCGUCCACCUCGGCAACCUGGAGAGCCCGCGGGCGGCGCGCGGCCGCUACGUGCUGACGAGCCCGCGCUCACUCCGAGCGUGCGCGCGCUGCGGCCGCCGCCCCAUCCAACUGCUGCCGCGCGCGCCCGCCGACUGGGCGCGGGAAUUCCCGCGCGAGCCGCCGCGCAGCCUCCAGCGACGCUGCCGUCAGCACGAGCGCGAGCGCCGCAGGUGGCUGAGAGAGUGCAGAGAAGAGAGAGAGCGCAUCAUUGAGGAAGAAAAAACGAGAAGAACACCCAUGCCAACGUUUGUAAAACUUGAUGCUCAGAAAUUGACAAGUGAAUCAGGUUUCCCUAACAGCCACGCUCUUCAUGAAGGAGAAAGAUCUUCAAGAGGUCCUCUGGCAGAUGAUAAGAGCACAUCAUCUGGCUGGUCUGCAUCAAGACAAGGGAAUAAGGAGCCGGAGGACAGGAAAGUAUCUGCCCACCUGAGGAGGAGAGUUUCGAAGGACUUUGUGGUUGGGCAUUUUCGGAAGGACACUAAUCUCGGUGAUUUACGGCAGUCACCUGCCACAGCAAGGAAACUGGACAAGCUGGUCAGUGAGAUCCGGAGGGAAUCCAACGUGAUCAUCCCUGAACGUGAUCGCAAGAUUGCCGCAUUAAUGCUGGUGAAACAUCAGGAAGAGCAGGACAGGUUGGAGCUACGCCUCAAGGCCCAGCAGUUCUGGGACAAGCUGAAGCGAGCAGAAAGACUAGCAGAAAUGAAGAAGGAGACUGAAAGGCAGAAAGGCUUAAUCAACAGUAUCGGCAGGUGGAAAAAAGAGCAAGAAACUCGACAUUCCAAGAUACAGCACGACGUAAAGCAGAUGGCUGAACUACGGGAACAGGAUGUGAUUUGGAAAGAGAACAAGUGGAGAAUGUUAGCUGAGAAUCAGAAAUUGAAGAAGAAGGAAAAACUAGAUCAGGCCAAAUGUGAAGCGGAGAUCCGUAAAUCUCAGCAGAAGCAAUUGCAGAAACAAAGCGAAGCUGUCAAGCAGGACACCAAGGAGCAAGAAGUACAGGUGUCGCAGGCUAAGCUGUCAAAUGCUGCCCAGAAACGGCUGCUGAAAGAAAUGAGCAACCAGAACAGGAUCAAGACGGAGAAUGAGCACGAGAAGCUGAGACACACCAUCCUGAAGAACGAGAUCGACACCCUGACCAAAACUGAGGAGCUCAUGGUCAGGAUGUCACUGGAGAGGAAGCUUCUAACAUUCAAGGAAAACCACAGGCAGCUGGUGGAAGAAAGGAAGAGAUCACUGAAGGAAAAGGUCAUUCGGGAAGAGAACCAAAUCCUCCAAGCCAAACUAAAGGCCGAUAAACUAGAGCAGGAGCAGAAAGAGCGCAAGGAAGCGUUGGCCGAAAUCUCCGACCUGAAGAUUGAGCAGGCCCAGAAGACUCUGCUGAAGCGGGUGCAGAGCAAAGUCCUGCAGACACAGCGGAGCAGAUCAGAAAAGGAGAGAAUCCACCAGCAGAUCAAAAAGAAAGUGGAGGAAGAGGAAGAAGAGUACCGGCAGGCGAUGAAAGCAACCAUCGAGAGGAAAGACAGGAGAAGCCAGGAGAUUCUGAAGGUGAAGGAAACCAUCAUUGAAGAGUCUCGUCAGGCUGCCAGGGCAGCCUUCCAGAUGCGGGAGCGAGUGAGGGAGCACAUCAACAGCCGCUCCUUUGACCAGAUGGCGAUGGAAGCUGAGCUCUGGGCGAGCUUGGUGAAAACUAUUACACACUAAUGUUGAGGAACGUUUGAUUCGUGGAUUGGGAAGAAUAGUUUUCUUACAUUUAGACCAGGCAUUUGCCCACCCACGCAUGCUUUGGUUCAUGGUGGUCCUUGGGGGAAAUCAACUUUCUCACGAAUUACUCAUACCCCGGGGAUCCGCUGCAAGAUGCGUACCAUGAAUCCCGGGGUGUUGCAAGAUGAUAGUUAAGUAAGAAUCCCUGAAGCAUUUUCGUAACCACGUUUAUACAUGAGUGUUGUGAUGCUAGCGAGAACAUCGGUCCCUUUGUCAUUUGAGGAAUGUGCUUGUUAGAUGUUUUUUACUUGAGAAUGAUUGGGUACCGUGUCCACAGAAUAAGUCCGGUGUGCUUAUCAGGUAGGAUAAUGUGAAAGCUGUGAGCUUUGAGCUAUUCAUUAUCAUAUUAUUUAACCCAUAUUGAUGUAGUGGUGGACCUCCUGAGAUAGUCUCCUAUCAAAGGAUGUGCUCUGGACAGAGUGAAUGCUGAAAGCCAUCUUCUUCUCUCUGGGAAACUUCCAUUUUGCCAUUACACCCAUCCCCCCCAUACCCCCCACCCGCCACCGCCCCACUUACCCAAUGCUUGUGUGAACUUCCCUUGUGCAAAGGUUGGUCACUGGCCGUGGUGUGUGUGCAUCAGGGAAGGUAAGCAUGCAGGUACAGCAGGCAGUGAAGAAAACGAAUGACAUGUUGGCCUUCAUAACAAGAGGAGUUGAGUAUAGGAGCAAAGAGGUCCUUGUGCAGUUCUACAGAGCCCUAGUGAGACCACACCUGGAGUAUUGUGUGCAGUUUUGGUCCCCUAAUUUUAGGAAGGACAUUCUUGCUAUUGAGGGAGUGCAGCGUAGGUUUACAAGGUUAAUUCCCGGGAUGGCGGAACUGUCAUAUGCUGAGAGAAUGAAGCGGCUGGGCUUUUAUACUCUGGAGUUUAGAAGGAUGAGAGGAGAUCUUAUUGAAACAUAUAAGAUUAUUAAGGGUUUGGACACACUAGAGGCAGGAAACAUGUUCUCGGUGUUGGGGGAGUCCAGAACCAGAGGCCACAGUUUAAGAAUAAGGGGUAAGGCAUUUAGAACGGAGAUGAGGAAACACUUUUCUCACAGAGAGUUGUGAGUCUGUGGAAUUCUCUGCCUCAAAGGGCGGUGGAGGCAGGUUCUCUGGAUGCUUUCAAGAGAGAGCUUGAUAGAGCUCUUAAAGAUAGCGGAGUCAGGGGAUUAGGGGAGAAGGCAGGAACGGGGUACUGAUUAGGGAUGAUCAGCCAUGAUCACAUUGAAUGGCGGUGCUGGCUCGAAGGCUGAGUUGCCUACUCCUGCACCUAUUGUAAAGAAGCGUCUGAGUCUGAUCGUGGAAGAACUGAAUUUUUCCACGGUGAUGUACAUCCUGGCACAGACCCUCCUCUAUUCUUGUGUUUUCCCCUGUCCCCAUCCCCACACCUGUGCUGAACAUAGAACAGUACAGCACAGAAACAGGCCCUUACUCCCACAAUGUCUGUGCUGAACAUUCAAUUGAAUUCAACUUUAAUGUCAUCGCACAAAUACAAGUAUGAGUACAACGAAAUGCAGUUUUGCGUCAGUCCGUAGUAGUUGUGCAUAAAGAAAUGAAAUAAAUAGAAAGAGAGAAGAUACAGAAUAAUCAAAAAAUACAGAAUAAUUAAACAGUGGGGACGGAGGGCCGGGAGAAAUCUAUCGGCAGGACUCCGAGUUCAGCAAUGUGAUUGUGUUAUUGUAGAAGGUGUUCCUCAUCCUACUAGUACGUGACCUGAGGCUCCUGUACCGCCUCCCUGAUGGGAGGAGGGCAAACAGUCCAUGGUUGGGGUGUGAGGGGUCUUUGAUGAUCUUCCCAGCCCGUCUCAGCCACCGUUUUCGGUGGAGGGCAUCCAUGGCAGGGAGCGGGGCACCGAUCAUGUGCUGCGCGGUUUUCACCACCCGUUGUAGUGCCUUCCUGUCCGCAGCAGUGCAGCUGCUGUACCAUACCAUGAAGCAGGUGGUCAGGAUACUCUCUAUGGUACAACGGUAAAAGUUGGUCAGGAUCCGGGGGGACAGGUGGGCUUUCUUGAGCCUCCUCAGGAAGUAAAGGCGCUGCUGUGCCUUUUUGAUCAGCUUGGAGGUGUUGAGGGACCAGGACAAAUCCUCCGAGAUAUGUACUCCGAGGAAUGAUGUUAAGAUCAACCCAUAUCUGUCUGCAUAUAAUCCAUAUCCUCAAAUUUCUCUUGAACACCACCACCCCACCCUCACCACCAUCCCUGGCAGUGUGUGCCAGGCCCUUCAACACUCUCUGUGUAAAAAAAACAUUGCCCAAACAUCUCCUUUAAACCUUACCCCUCCGACCUUAAAGCAAUGAGCUCCAGUCUUUGCCAUUAACAUCUUUGGAAAAUCUACACACUACUGCCUCUCUUGAUUGCCUCUCUGCCACAUCUCCCACAAGCUUGUGUGCAUAUACGAACUUAGACAUAUACAUGCGCACACACACAUGUGCACACACACACACACACACACACAAACACACACACUGUGGCAGCAUGGUGGCGCAGUAGUAGAGUAGCUGCCUUACAGCGCCAGAGACCCGGGUUCGAUCCUGACCACAAGUGCUGUCUGUACGGAGUUUGUACGUUCUCCCCGUGACCUGCGUGCGUUUUCUCUGGGAUCACCGGCUUCCUUCCACCCUCCAAAAAAAUCCAUGUUUGUAGGUUAAUUGGCUUGGUAUAGUUGUAAAUUGUCCCUAGUGUGCGUAGGAUAGUGUUAGUGUGCGAGGAUCGCUGGUCAGUGUGGACCCGGUGGGCCGAAGGGCCUGUGUCUCCCCUGUAGCUCGAAACUAAACACUACAAUGAAGAUUGGGUUACAGUGUCUGUUUCGAGGGUCUGGUUUCAGGCAUGCAAGUUAUGUGGACUGAGCCCAACAGAAGUCACUGAGUAUAAUUGUGACAUCGACGGUGGAGGGGUUUGGCUGGUGGAGGAGGAUGACAUUCAUUUGCUUAACCUAUCGGGCAAGUGGAUGAAUUUGCUGAGGUGGUGUUGGUGCUAUGAAGUGACUUGUACAGAUAGUCCUGUUGCAGGCACAAAGGAGGGCAGGGAUUACUGCUGUCGGGGAGAUGAUGAGCUCUCUGUUGGAUUUGACAUCUUGGUCAUCAAACGCACUGUCAACUAAUGGCUGUGUUGGCACACAGAAGGUGAUGAAGCCCGUCCUUGAUACUUGCGUUCAUUGAGAUGUGGCUCCUAGAAACAUUGGAAACCAGGACCACGAGUUGGUCACCUGCCACUGCCUCACACGGGUCAGCUCAUCAUGGCCUAGGUCAUAUUCCUGCCAUCUCUCCACAUCCUUUAAUGACUUGAUGUGUGGAAAUCUCUCCUGUCCCUUUGAAUCGUAUUUAGCAACUUGGCUUCCACAGCCUCGUGUGACAGAGAAUUUCAGAGAUCCAGCACACUUGUAUAAGUUCAUAAAUUGUAGGAGCUGAAUUAGGCCAUUCAGCCCAUUGUCUCCUCCGCCAUUCAAUCAUGGCUAAUCUAUCUUUCCCUCUCAACCCCAUUCUCUCAACUUCCCUUUUACUUGAUGCCCUUACUCAUCAAGAACCUGUUAAUCUCAAUGGACAAUAGACAAUAGCCAUUCAGCCCUUCGAGCCAGCACCGCCAUUCAAUGUGAUCAUGGCUGAUCAUCCACAAUCAGUACCCCGUUCCUGACUUCUCUCCAUAUCCCCUGACUCCGCUAUCUUUAAGAGCCCUAUCUAGCUCUCUCUUGAAAGUAUCCAGAGAACCGGCCUCCACCGCCCUCUGAGGCAGAGAAUUCCACAGACUCGCAACACUGUGAGAAAUACCCAAUGCCUUGGCCUCCACAGACAGAAGGCUGAGGUCCAGCAUAAACACAGUGUCCUCUGCUGUAGCCAUGAGUGGAUGCACCCUGCUGCUCAGCCAUGAUUAUCAGACUGUUCAGCAUCAUCACGGCUGCCUGUGGACCAAUGACCCACCAAGCACCAAGAACGCUCGGCCGUUUCCCUCUCAACACAAUCCUCCUGCCUUCUCCCUGGAACCUUUGACACCCUCAUCGAUCAAGGAUGUACCGGCCUCUACCUUUAAAAAUACACCUAGUGUAAGACACAAAAUAGUGUUGGGUCUCUGGCAUUUAAAAAAACCUUUGUUUUUCUGACUUUUGCAAUGUAACGUCUUCAGAAUUUGUCCCUUUGUGUACUGUGGAAGAAGGAUGCUGGAGGGUAUGCCUGACACACAAAAAUGCUGUUAGAUUCUUAAAUGUAGGCCAUGUUUGUAUGGCUGUGAAACUAAAGUACCCACUCGGUACAAUGGGUGGAUGGGCUGCGCCAAAGUUAAGAACAAAGGUAAAUCCAUUAAGAUAAAACAAAUACUCGCAGGAAUAGGUAACCAGUUUUCAACUGGCUUCACUCUUUUAUUCUUUGCUUUAAUUUGAAUUAGUUAAACAGCAACUUUGUAGGGUCUGCAAGUUUUUGCCUGCCAGGGUAUUUAUCCCAGUAUUUGUGGCAUUCGUGACAAGUCUACACGUCAAGGAUGGGAGCUCCCACUGUAUCAUAUAAAUCAAUUACCAACAGUAGCACCACCACGCAGAGAGGUCAACCAGAUCACCCUGGAAAACAGAUCUCCGGAUUACUGAUGGGAACUUUACAGUGACUGUGGCAAUUGUUGCUGAUGGCCUCACCGUUCUUCCUGUAGGCACACACCUAGUUUCAGCUCAGUACCUCGUCCUAACGUGGCUCAGAUCGCCAACUUGCCAGGCUGUGAGACCACAAAACCAUCCAUGGUGCAGCCACAAGCCACACUCCUGUGGCAGUGAAACCAAGCUGGGGUUCUUCUCUGCUUUAUCGACUUCCUCUCUUUCGCCAUUACCUCUUCGUGACAUCAGCCAAGGGCUUGGAAGCUGACCAACUACCUGAAAACACACCUGUAUAGCUUUUAUUUUGUCUCACAGCAGUUUUGUGUGCGGUGAUGUUAGGUGGAGGGUUGGAUUGUAUGGACUUCCUGUGUUGCAUGUUGUUUUGCUGGAUGUGUUGUGUGACGUUGAUAAUCUUGUGAAUAUUAAUCAAUCAGUGUAUAGUUUUUGCAUAUAGUCAAAUAGCUGUUCUGUGGCACUGCUGUUCUCUGAGCUCAACUGACCAUGACUUACCGGAGCUGUGAUCUAGCAUGUCGUUUGUAGGAAAAUCCACAGCCAAGUACGUGUUCCCCUGGCACUAGUAAAAGCAAUGGAGCACCUGAGUGGCUUGGUAACAGAGCGAAGAAUUCUGUUCCUAUGUGCAAGCUUGUCUGUUGACAGUUCGUUGCUGGCGAUGGAUGACACAGCACCUCACUGUGGGGACACUGUGGGCACUGUUACUGGUGUGUGCGGCUAUUCCUGCUGCUUAUCAACACACUUCCUGAGACUUGCAGGUGAAGAGUUUUCACAACACUUGUGCGUCUCUGGCCCAGGCAGACGCGCAUGUGACUCCACAAUGUGCUGGGGUAACUCAGCAGGUCAGGCAGCAUCUCUGAAGAAUUGAUAGGCGAUGUUUCAGGUCAACACCCUUCUUCAGAACGGUCACGGAUUUGGCUCAAAACCAUGCACUGGUCCCGAGACGUCACCCAUCCGUUUCCACCCGGAGAUGCUGCUCGACCAGCUGUGUUCCUACAAUACAUUGCUUGUUGCUUCAAAUCCCUGCAUCUCUACUCCCCAGUGUCUCCUUGUGAACUGUUACUUGCGACAUAUUUGUGAGUCCUUGUAGCAUGCCAAUAGCUGCUGCAUUUGCCUCGAUGAUAUUGCACUUCAGUUUUAAGAAUUUCAGUCAAACACUUUCAAAGGUGUCGGUGCUUUUGUGACAAGUGGAAAUAUUGGAAUACUUAGUCAUGUGGGAUGGCUAAUUUAACAAUCUUUUUUUAGUUUUUUCAAGGUGGCACUUUGUCACGCUAAGUCAGAUGCAGUUUACUAAAACAGAUUAGAAUUUGAACCUAAUCGUGUUCUGAAUGUAAGAUCAUGUGUUUUAUAUACGGUAUGCUACAGAGAACUUGUAGACCUGACUUGCCACUUGCAGACCACGGGGACUUCAGUCGCGUUUUCUUCAUGUUAUGUUG